GCCCAUCAUAUUUCUGCGAAGCGCCUCCUCUCGUCACUGUGACCGCAAAUUUGAGUCGUCGCUCCUGCUCUUAACGUGUUGCGUGAAUGCGAAGUCACGCGCAAAGUGUCUCGUGCGCUAUCCGCAGCGGUGAGGCAGCAUCACUCCACCAAAACAACCGUCUCCGCAGUUGAAACUUCCAGCAGUGGUGACCGGUUAAUAUGACCGAGCUGGUGGUGCGGACCCUUCCGUCUCCUUCAGGUGUGCAGGGUCCUGGCCCGGACACCUAUAAAGGAUGGCUCUUUAAAUGGACCAACUACCUGAAGGGUUACCAGCGCCGGUGGUUCGUCCUUAGCAACGGCCUCCUGUCAUACUACAGGACUCAAGCAGAAAUGGCACACACCUGCCGUGGCACGAUUAACUUGGCAACGGUGCACAUAGAAGUGGGUGACACCUGUCACUUUGUGUUGACAAGUGGAGGGCGGAGCUACCACCUGAAGGUCAGUUCAGAGGGCGAGUGCCAGCGAUGGGUUUCUGCUCUGCAACAGGCUAAAGCCAAUGCCACUCAGAUGAUGCAUCAUUCAGAUGACUCUGGUGAUGAGGGACCACUAGCCCAGCCGGAUCGUGCUCUGAUCCAGGGAGCGCUCAAGACUCUAGUCAGCAAGCUCGAUGACCUCAGCACCUGCAACGAGCUGAUCGGGAAGCACGGUGCAGCGCUCCAGCGCUCCCUCAGUGAACUAGAGGACCUGCGUGUCCUCACCGAUGGCGUUGAUAAACUGAAGACCGUCAACGAACGAGCCACUCUCUUCCGUAUCACCUCCAAUGCUAUGAUCAAUGCCUGUCAGGACUUUGUGGACCUAGCAGAGGCACACAGCAGGCGGUGGCAGCGUGCUCUGCAGUAUGAGCGGGAACAGCGCCACCACCUGGAGCAGACUAUCGAACAGCUAGCCAAACAGCACAACAGUCUGGAGAGAGCCUGGAGAGAAUCACCCAGCACACACAACAAAGGGGUUGAGAGAACACCAGAGGGAGAGUCCAGUGAAGAGAAUGAAGACAUAGAGUUCUUUGAUGCAAUGGAAGAUUCUCCAGCCUUCAUCACAGUGCCAGCAGACGAUCACUCCCAGCACAGACUCUUGAGCAGUAAUCAGAGUGUGACGAGUGGAAGUUUAUCCAGUAAUUGGAGCCAAGAGAGCAAUGACAGUUCUGGUACAUACCUACGCAGGGGCAGACGCUGUCGAAUCCCAGACAAGCCCAACUACUCUCUCAACCUGUGGAGCAUCAUGAAGAACUGCAUCGGCAAAGAGCUCUCAAAGAUUCCUAUGCCUGUGAACUUCAACGAGCCAUUGUCGAUGCUGCAGCGUCUGACAGAGGAUCUGGAAUACAGUGAGCUCUUGGACCGGGCGGCAUGUUGCGACUCAUCUCUGGAGCAAAUGUGUCUGGUGGCUGCAUUCUCCAUAUCGUCCUACUCCACCACCAUCAACCGCACAGGAAAACCCUUCAACCCCCUACUGGGAGAGACGUACGAGCUGGACCGCCUGAAUGAAUACGGCUACCGCUCCAUUUGCGAGCAGAUAAGCCAUCAUCCUCCGGCGGCUGCCCACCAUGUGAUAUCACAGCGAGGCUGGACUCUGUGGCAGGAGAUUACCAUCGACAGCAAAUUCCGUGGCAAAUACAUCUCAGUCAUGCCGCUAGGCAACAUUCACCUUAAGUUCCACUCCAGUGGAAAUCAUUAUUCGUGGAGCAAGGUGACUUCCACUGUGCACAAUAUAAUAGUGGGCAAACUGUGGAUUGACCAAUCUGGAGACAUUAUAAUAGUCAACCACAGGACCAAGGACACGUGCCACCUCAAAUUCUCUCCAUACAGUUAUUUUUCUAGGGAUGUUCCCCGCAAGGUAACAGGCAUUGUGACGGACGGUAAAGGUGUCGCCCACUACAUUCUUUCAGGAACAUGGGAUGAUAAAAUGGAAAGUGCGAAGAUCAUAGAGAGCAGCCACGGAUGUGGAGGAUCUGAGGGCAAACAGAAAACUGUCUAUCAAACUCUACCACCAAAACUACUGUGGAAGAAAUACCCUCUGCCUGAGAAUGCAGAGAACAUGCAUUUCUUCUCUUCUCUGGCUUUGACGCUGAAUGAGCCUGAGGAUGGUGUGGCUCCUACCGACAGCCGUCUGCGACCAGACCAGCGGCUGAUGGAGGCAGGUUUAUGGGAUGAAGCUAAUGCUGAGAAACAGCGUCUGGAGGAACGACAGAGACUUGAGAGGAGGAAGAGAGAGGCACAGGCCAACCUCGCACUAGAGGAGGGUAGAGAAGCGGAGAGUUACCAGCCCCUGUGGUUUGAGAAAAGGACUGAUUCAGAGACAGGUGAGAGCAGCUAUACAUACAGAGGAGGAUACUGGGAGGCCAAAGACACACAGGACUGGAGUCAGUGCCCUGCCAUCUUUUGAAGUCUUCUUCCACCAGAACCAGCUCACCGUUCCAAGCGGAUGAUCUUGGAUCUGUAUAGGGAAUGCUGCCUACCAGUGCUUCCAAAUUCCAGAGUUUCAAAUAUGUGAAAUAUAUUCAUUUUGUUCACUCACUGCUAACACACCUAUACAUCACCAUUUGGUGCAUGUUUAUGGGGGCAUUGAGACAACUGAAUUGUAGCAGGGAAAAUACAUAUUGCAUGGAAAAAAAAACAUAUUUAUUGUUUAAAGCACAAUAAGUGGAGGCAAUUUAUUCAACUUUAUAAACUUCCCACUGAAGGACAGCGAUAACAUUUAAUGAUUUAGGGAAUGUAACAUUUCACCAGGGAUAGAACUGCUCAAAGAUUCUCCCUCAAAGUUGAUUUAUACGCUGGUUUCGCAAGUUGCUUCAGGACAGAUUUGUUAUGUUCAUGAAUGAGCCACUGUUGAUGGACAAAAAACAUUGUUAUAUAUAUUCAGAUUUGUUGCAGUGCACACUACUUUUGAAGUAUGAAGACUGAAUUCCCUCUAACAUCCAAUAAGACUGUGUUCCUCCCUUAAGCUGUAGUAUAGCUCAGGUGCUGUGUAGUUUUAAUAGUGCAAACAAUAGAGAUCAGUGGAUGUUGCUUCUACAAAACAGUAAUUACCAUGGUUAAUCCAUUAGCUGGCAAACAUUUAAAGCAAGAAUUCAUUUUUAGCUGUCCAUUUAGUUAUUUAGUACAAGUGUAAUGUAAAUGUCAUGGCUUUAUGGACAUUCUUAAUGGACAUUCUUCAUAUACAGUCAUGGCUAAAAGUUUGCAAACAAACUAAAGUGCCAAGCUUUUUCUAUAUUAUUUAUGUUUAUAAAUAGAUGAAACAAUACUACUACACUCGAUUUAAUAUGAAUCAUUUGCAUGUAACAUGACAUUAGUACAGAUUUAUUUUUUUAUAAUCAUGUGAAUAAAGCAUGCACUGUAACAAAUAUGCAUAUAUUAGAUUUGUCUAGCACAGGAAAGUACAAUUAGUAUUCAAUGAAAUGUAUUACUGCACACUAUUAAUUCAGAAAAAAAUGUAGUAUGUUUGCAAACUUUUGGCCAUGAUAAACCUUUGGCUAUAUUAUGAAUAUAUUCAUUUUGUGGUGACAAUACUUCUAGUUUCCUCUAUUAGCAGCUAAAGCACAUUUACUAUAUUUAUGUUGCAAGGAACAGUGAUUUGGAAUACUGACCGAAAACUGUAUACUGUGUGGAUGAAUGCAAACUCAUAUCUGGGCAUUAAAGAGCAUUCUGAACAUGGACAGACCAGUGUACAAAUAAAAUGAGAGUGUGCCAUGCCAGGAAGUACUUUAGAUGUGUACAUUGGGCUGGUAGAAGUCUAAAGGACUAAUUUAAGUUGCACUGCUUUAAGGACUGUCUCUGUGGAACUUGGUACGUUUUUCAAUCAAAUGGAAAGUGUAUUCAAAUAAACUGUGAUGUGGUUGUAAUUCAUGAGAUAAUGUGCUUCAAUAUAGUGUCAAGCGGCACUGCAAAGUUGCACAGAGAAAAUGAUCUUACCAAUGUAUUCAUUUUUAAACAGUGAUAAAAGACGACAUUGGCAACAUUAAAAAUAUUAAAAAAGCUGUCUAUUGUAACUAGAUAAAUGAAUUGAUGAUGAUGUUGGUGAUAUUUAUUUUGAUUGUCAUGUUGGAUGAACAGUGUAUGAAACUGCACCUGAAUUUAAAGGACUAUUAAAGGGAUAGUUCGCCCCAAAAAUUAAAAUUAUGUCAUAAUUUACUCACCCUCAUGCCAUCCCAGAUGUACUGUACUUAUACUGUUAUUCUGCUGAAUACAAAUAUUUUCAGAAGAAUGUUUCAGCUCUGUAGGGGAUCAAAAUGCAAUUGAAUGGUGACCAAACUUGCUAAGCUCCAAAAAGCACAUAAAGGCAGCAUAAAAGUAAUCCAUAAACUCCAGUGGUUUAAUCCAUGUCUUUUGAAGUGAUCCAGUUGGUGUUAAGUGAGAGCUGACCAAAAUGUAAUUCCUUUUUCAAUGUACAUCUUGGUAGCAGUCUCUAGGCACGAUCAUAAUUUCAUGCUUGAUAACACUUCCUAGUACUUGAUGCAUGGGCAGAGCACUAGAUGGCGGCGGGAUGUGUAAUUGGUCUUAAAAUCAUGAUCACAAAGGAGACUGUUGAUGUCAAGAUUUUUGGUGAAAAAGUUUCUGUUCUCACUCAGAAAUUAUUGGCUCACUUCAGACGAUAUGGAUUAGUUCACUGGAGUCAUAUGGAUUACUUUUAUGCUGUAGAUGUUUUUUUGAGCUUCAAAUUUUGGUCACAUUCACUUGCAUUGUAUGAACCUACAGAGCUGAAAUAGUCUUCUAAAAAUCUUAAUUUGUGUUUAUCAGAAGACAAAAAGUCAUACACAUCUGGGAUGGUAUGAUGGUGAGUAAAUGAUGAAAGAAUUUUCAUUUUUGGGUGAACUAUCACUUUAAGAGCUCUCACUGCAUAAUGAUGUGAAUUUACUAAAUACCAUCUUGGUUGUCAAAAUAAUCUGAAUAUAUCACAUUAAAAUGAAUGG